CUAUAAAAGGACAUAGAGAUUCAUGUUAAUAAUGAACCACACACACAUCAUCUUUGUAAGAUAAUAUUUGAGAGAGAGAGAGUGAAGAAGAUGAGUCUUGAAGGGAAGUUGGUUUCAGAGAUAAAUAUAAAGUGUGAUGGAGAUGUAUUUCAUGAGAUUUUUAGGCAUAGACCACAUCACAUUUCAACUAUGAGUUCUGAUAAAGUACAAAAUGUGGAUAUUCAUGAAGGUGAAUGGGGUACUGUUGGAUCUGUCAUUUUUUGGAAUUUUACCCAUGAUGGGAAAGAAAAGGUUGCAAAGGAAAUAAUUGAAGAAAUAGAUGAAGAAAAGAAGCUUGUUAAAUUCAAGGUGAUUGGAGGAGAUAUAUUGGAUUAUUACAAAUCAUUUUACCUCACUGUUCAUGUUGAAACAAAGGGUGAAGACAAUUUAGUUACUUGGAUUUUGGAAUAUGAGAAGUUAAAUGAAGACAUUGAAGAUCCUCACACAUUGAUGAAAUUUUGUCUUGAUGUUACAAAAGAUAUUGAAACUCAUCACCUAACAGGAAAGUUAGUUUCUGAGAUAAAUAUCAAGUCAGAUGGAGAUGUGUUUCAUGAGAUAUUUAGGUAUAGACCACAUCAUAUUUCUAGUAUGUCACCAAGUUAUAUACAAAAUGUGGAUAUUCAUGAAGGUGAAUGGGGCACUGUUGGUUCUGUUAUCUUUUGGAACUUCACUCAUG